UCCUGGAUCUAUAAGUAUCAACUCUAAAACACAUAUUUCCCACAAAAUGAAAAUAUCAUUCUCUCUUUGACCCUCUCCUCUUUGCUUUGCUUUCUAUACAUCUCAACUUUCCAUACCAUGGAAACGGUAACACCAAUUUCCAACCUCACCUUCAAGGUGAAAAGGCGUGAGCCAGAUCUAAUUGUUCCUUCAAAGCCAACACCUCAUGAAGUUAAGAAACUCUCGGAUGUUGAUAACCAGAAAGGCUUGAGGCUUCACACUGUUGCAGUCUGGUUUUACAAGAAUAGUCCUUCAAUGGAAGGGAAAGACCCCGUUAAGGUGAUCAGGGAAGCAAUUGGUAAAGCACUUGUGUAUUACUAUCCGUUAGCUGGACGGCUCAAGGAAGACUCCAAUGGCAAACUUAUGGUGGAUUGUAAUGCCAAAGGAGUGUAUUUCAUUGAGGCUGAUGCCGAUGUCAAGCUUGAGCAACUAGGCCACAAAAUUAUUCAACCUCCAUUUCCAUAUCUUCAAGAGGUUCUCUAUCAUGUUCCUGGCUCGGAUAAAGUUAUCGAUGGUCCUUUGUGGUUGAUACAGGUGACUCGUCUAAGAUGUGGGGGUUUUAUUGUGGCAACACGUCAUAACCACACGAUGGUCGAUGCAUUUGGGGCUGGUCAGUUCAUGAAUGCAGUCGGGGAGAUGGCAAGAGGUGCACAACACCCAUCUGUUCUGCCUGUGUGGCAUAGAGAGCUCUUAGAAGCUCAAAAACCGCCACGAGUAACUCGUAUACACCAUGAAUACCAACGAGAUAUUGAUGAUGCUAAGCUAGAUAUUGAUAUGACAAACCUAGCCCAUCUCUCAUUCGUAUUCGGUCCUGAUCAAAUAAAUGCCAUUCGAAAGCAUCUUCCACCACACCUUGCUACUUGCUCUCGUUUCGAGUUAAUAACAGCUUGUAUAUGGAAAUGUCGAACACUUGCACUAAAUUUGGAUCCUAAGGAGGUUGUUCAAGUUACAUGCGCGUUCAAUGGCCGUGGCAAGAACUUUGGUUUAAAUCUGCCUUUAGGUUACUAUGGCAAUGCAGUUUUCUUCCUAAAUGCUAUCUCAAUGGCUGGAGUUUUGUGCAAAAAUCCACUGGGAUAUGCAUUGGAGUUGCUAAAGAAAGCUAGGUCGAAAAUGGAUGAAGAUCAUAUAAGAUCGGUUACCAAUUUUAUUGUAACUAAAAACCCUCCUGGUUAUAAGAUCAAAAGGAACUUUAUUAUUUCGGAUUUGACAAAAGUUGGAUUCGCAGAAGUGGAUUUAGGGUGGGGUUGCGCGGAGUUUGCUGGAAAUCCCGGUUCAUAUCCUAUGGUGACACAUUAUAAACACCACAAGAGUAACAAUGUGGAUUAUGGGAUUAUUGUGCCAAUUUGUUUGCCAUUGUUGGACAUGAAGAGGUUCAAAGAUGAGCUUAAGAAGAUGAUUGAGGGGCCCAUUACUUGUGAAACUAUUCAACCUGCUAAGAUAUUAUCCAUGCUAUAAGUAGCUGGCUAGUUUUGAAUAAUUUGUGCUUGGAAAAUUCUUUUACUUGGUCUAGGAUAUAUAUGAAAGUUGUAUUGUGUAUGUAAUUUGACUCCUUGCUGCUAUUAAAGAUAAUGUCAAAGAAGAAAUGGUCAACGUUGUAUUGAUUGGAAAAAGUCAAGGAGGUUUAUUGUUGAUUAAAUAUUGUAUUUUAUCUUAUUUUAUAAGUUGUUGUGUGUUGUAAUUUGGUGUUUAUAGAGAAAGGGGAUGUCGUUUACCAUUUUAGGCAA